AUGGAUAGCUUGUUUGGAAGAAAACCGAUUUCAAUCGGCGCUUUGAAGGAUUUUUCGAGGCUGUAAGUACAAAUAGGUUGAGAUAAAUCGUCUGAUUGGGACUUUGUCGAAGAUCUGCUGUUUGAGUUGCAUUAGCUUGUUGGGUGUUGAAGUAUGAAAAAUUCUGUCAUGAAGAACCUAAGUUCUCCUUCAGAAAACACAAUAUUGAUUGCUGAGUUUUUUCAGUGUAUGGAUAUGAGGGGUUGAACAGGUGGCGUAAGCCUAAGUAAAACAAGUUAAUAAUAUUCAUUGCAGUCCUGAAUUGUAACUCAAACUGAAAGUCUUCCGUGAUCUAGGGAAGCCGUGGUUAACUCAUUAUAAUAAUCGCAAGAGCGGAAUAUCACAAAAAGGAGGCUUCGGCUUUUCCUGCACACCUAAAACCUGAUUUGUACCACAAUAUAAACCCUUUAAAAUUUGCACUCUCAUCUAGGCUAGCCUAGCCUCUGAUUCAAACAAUCAUCACACUUAAUCAUUUUAAGUCUUCUUAAAUUCUUAAGCCAUUUUAAUAUCUUCAUGGCUUGCACUGUGGAAUCAUGAGAACCAAUAGAUACAUUUGUCAGCGAAAAAUAAAAAAUAGGAAAUUAUCUAAUUUUGUGUAAGGAAACAGAGGAAUUUUUUCUUGUUUAAUCACCUGCUUUAUUCUGUGAGUGUCAUCCAAUGCCAGUCAAAGUACCAGGCUGAUUAUACAGUGGUAAAAAAUGUGACUAAAUAUGGCAUGAAGGAGCAGAGACACAUGCAGUAUCACAAUGAACACUAUCCUGUUAUGUAUCAGCAACUGUUUUGAAAUGGUUGGACUUUUUAUAUUCUUUGCAGUGACCAGCCUACACGUCAGCACUUGAAGAAGGUGUAUGGUUGCUUGUCUCUAUCCAUGCUUAUUGCAGCUGUUGGAAGUGGAGUGCAUCUGUUUACAGAUGUAUUGAAGGUACUCCACGUCAAUGUCUUGAAGUAAAGAACUAAGAAGGAAAGAAAGCCAUGCCAGCAUUCUACAAGCCCUGUAAAAUCUGUAACUUGCUAAGCAUAUCCCAGUUUCUGUAGCAUGGAAUGGUGAGGGGUAUUACUUAUCCUCUUGGAUGGGUUGGUUGUUCUUUACAAAUAAUUACUAAUUUUGUAAUAUGACCCACAUGGCCCUGCGCACUCAAUCCCAUAGAAAACCACAGUGAAUGCUGACGUGUGAAAGGCCUGAUAUGUGGAUAUAAACUGGUCUGAAAAAAGCAGUGUAGCAUGACUUUGUUGUGGGAAAAAGAAGAAGUGGAAUGAACAGCUGCAUUUUCAAUGGAUUUUAAGUUUCUGGUUCUGACUGGAAGAAACAAAGGAAAAUUUUCAUUAUUAGAACAUUUUUUUGUUUGUGGUUGUUCCGCAUCUUAUUUAGGUUGAAACCCAUUUUCAGAAGUGGUCAUAUGAAAAAAUGCCUAUGACCGAAUCUGGUUAGGCUGGCCAGAAAAAAUGUUUGGCUCCUUGUCAUGAAGCACAGACCUCACUGUGUUUGGUCUGUACAUCAUGACCUCAAACAAAAUAUUUUCCCAUCCUUCCCUUCGACUCUGUCAGUACAUAGUUAUGAACAGUUGUUUACUCUGUUACCUGUUUAUCAGGGUGGAUUUCUGUCAGCCAUUGCUUCCAUUGGCCUUCUGAUUGCAUUGGGCUUGACUCCAUAUGAUGGAAAGAAUCAGAAUAAAAGAAUGGGUGAGAAAAAGUCGUUUGCAAACUUUAAUUAUUGUUGUGCAGUAAAGCAAAGCAGCACACUUGUCAGAACAUUUGAUAUGUACAGUAUGGCUUGCCUUUACUGUAGCACCCCCAGGUGCAUGUAAUGUGUGGGAAUUAUGUAAACUUUCAGUGCAUAUAAUUACAUGCAGGCAGUAGAAAAAUUAUAGGCAAGUCAACAGAUGCUUGUAUUUUAGUUUGUUCUUUGUCAAUUUCAAUACAUACAAAUGUAUGCACUCUUUCAUAUUAAUGCAUUUGCUGUGGGAAUUUGUAUUUCACUCAAACUAAUGAUUCUGAAGUGUAUUCCUACUAUGCAAAAAUGCAAAGUUAAUCAUUCAAACAAUAUUCACUUCAAGAACUGUUUUUUGGUUAAUUAGUACAGGUGGAUUUGUUUAAUGCAACAUGUUAGAAAACUUAAUAGUCAAAAUGCACAAAGGUAGGGAAAUAGUUUCACAAACAGAUCUAAGUUGUGGCAGACAUUCUGUUACUGUUAACAUUUGUUUGUAUUUGCAACAUGAAGAUGUAAAGAAUGAAUAUAUAGAUGGUAGAGUGCAAAUAUUCUUGAGGUCACAACAAGUUUAAUUUCAUCUUCAACUAGAGAAUUGUAAAAGACAAUGAUAAAUCCAUAAAUUAUUGGUUUCAACAUGUUUUUCAACAGUAAUCUAACCUUGCUUAAUGACUGGAGGCUUUUCCUUCACAGGCAGUAACUUUGGGAAUGACCUUUUAAAGAUGGUCCAUGUAAUGUAAAACAGGACACUAUUGCAUGUUCUGCAUAUGACAUUUAGUAAACAAAAAAUUGGGCAGAAUUUGGUCACCUGCCAGGCAAUGAAUCCCAGAAGCAGCAUGUGGUACAGCUUAAUUUUAAUGGCCCAUGGCCAUAAGAAAUCAAAUCCAAUCUCUGUCUCAUAUGCUCUUUUGUUUCAGAACAUACAUUUAUAGCAGUUUAGUUGAUUGAUUCACAUGAACAUGCAUGUAUGCAUGCAUGUAUGUUCAUGUAAUGACACAAAGUGUGCAUGUCAUGCAAGUGCAUUGUAUGAAAAUGCCAUUUACAUUAAGUUCAUGUAAUGUUGCAGUGCACAUGAGAAGUACUGUAGUGGUACCCACAUUUAAAAUUCAGAAGGCUAGAAGGUUGCAGGCCUUUGUUUUCUUUUGGGUGAAGAUUUUCAGUUAACUUCAAAAGAGAUUUUGAGAAAAAUUUAGACAGACGCAUCUAACUAACUUCAUUAAGGGAAUUUGAGGAACUAUUGUGGUUUUUGUAGAACUGAUGUAACCACUGUGUGCUGUGUCGUUAUGUCUUGAUUAAUGAUAUUGAAUGGUUAAGUUUAGAGAAUAUUACCAUGACUGUGUCCUAUGGGGGUGUGAUUUGAUAUUCACUACUAAACAGCAAACAAUAUAUUUUGGUACCUAGGAAGAAACUUCCUCUAGUUAGGGGAUUAGUUUAUCUUGAGGAUUUCAAGGUUCUAAAUAUAUUUUAGCAGAAAAGAGAGACAGUGCUUAUGUCAUUUUUCAUUGUUCCUUAACUGAUUUGUUUUUCAAAACCACACCAUGUUCAAUGGAGAAUUCAAAGAGGAAGGUUUAACAAGAGUUCCCUUAAAAACACUGGCCACAUUAUUACAGUGUUACACUGUUGUUACACUCAUAUGAGGAGAUGGCUAUGCAACACAAAUAAAAAUCAUGGUAUAGGUUUCAAACAACACACUUUCUUUAGUUUAUUAGUGUAUUAUUCUCAGCAGUCAAACUAGUUCUCCAAUUUACAAUUGGAUCAGUUCCUCAGUUCCUCAAUAGAGUUGUGUCAGUGUUGUCUUGUGGCCACCUUCAUAAACCUUAGGACACCUUUCUUAUUCAGACACCUUGAUUGUCCCUUAGGUGUCCAUAUUAGAAAGAUUUUACAGCAAUUUAUUGUUUUAUCAUGCUUUCAUGCUGUAAUUUCUUAAUUUUUGUUUCAGGUAUCCUGAUGGGAUUUGCAUUUUGCACAGGUAAAGAUUGUGGUAAAAUUAAAGAAUGAGAAAAUUUAAAAACCAAAUAGUAUAGACCUUUCACAAGAUGACUUUAUCUAAACCCAAAACUUCUAGCCUAGAGCACAAUUGUAGGGUUAUGGAGAAAACAAACCUUUUGUAAUCUUAGGUUACAACAGAACAUGUUGCUGUUUGUCGUGGCAUUCAACUGUACUACAUUCAGGAACCUUUAAAUAUUUUCUGAAAUAGACCUGCUUCAUCCUUGAGUUAAAAAUGAGUAAUCAACUAUGGUUUUAUUUUGAUAGUGCAACUAGCUAAGUAUGUCUGUCUGUCUUUUUGUUUCAGGAUUGGGUCUUGGACCUCUGAUGGACAAUGUGAUACAGAUUGAUGCAAGGUUAGUUUUCCAUCUUACUUUUUCAUGUUGUUCUUCUGAAGGAACAAUCACAUUGUACUUAACUUUUCCAUCCCUUCUUUCCUCUUUCCCCUCUUUUUAGUUUAUUUUUGAAAACCCUAAAGUCAACUUUGAAUACUACAAACCUGUGGUAUUUAUUUACUCCUCAAGGUUAAACUUUAAUUUAAAUUGCUAUGGGUUGAUUGGUAAAUUAUUUUAUUAUAAUUUUUAGACCAAAGACACAUUAAUUUGUUUUAAAACUUCAUGGUCCCUGGCAUAUUAGAGAUUUUGACAUAAUUAUUGGAAUAAUCAUGACACAAAGUCCAUAGCAAACAUUUGUUCAAUUUGUUUUGUUUUGUUUUAUUUUCAGCAUUAUCCCUACUGCUUUCUUUGCCACCACACUGAUCUUUGUCUGCUUCACUUUGAGUGCCCUGUGGGCAGAGGAACGAACUUUUCUCUAUCUGGGAGGUGAGACUUUUUUGUUGUGUCUCUUCAGGGCUGUCACUGAAGUCAAUUGAAAACAGUUACUAAGUUUUUUACUCCACAGUUACUGCAAAUAACUACUUUUUGUGAAAAGACUAGUGUCUACUCUUCAUCUUGGAAACCCUAUGUUUAUUAACUUAUUGUAUGAGGCAUUGAUUAUUUUCCUGUAGGUACUCUCAUGUCUUGCUUGAGCAUGCUCUGUUUCCUGUCGUUGGCCAACCUGUUUCUUGGAGCACGUUUUUUUUUCCAGGUUUGUUUAAUGAUUAAUUGAGUGUACUGUAAAUUUAGGUGACUUGGUUGAGGUUUUUCAAGAUCACAAUGCAAAUGGUUUUUUGGCAACUUGGUGGAAGGUCAUUUGAAAUCCAGAUUUCAAGCUUUCAAAAAAUAGGUGUUCAUUAUGACCUAUGUGUAAAGAGAAGGCAAAGCAGGCAGCAAUUUUGGUCACAGUGCGAUGAAGAAAUUUAUCAAGAUGAUAUAAAUUUUUUUGAUAAUUGGUCCUCUUAGGCACUGAGCUUAGCUAUUUUGAUUUCUGACUUUUUGGCAUUAAGAAACAAUGUGGUAACAUAAUCUUGACAUGUCUUACCACAGAUUCAGUUGUAUGGUGGCUUGGUGUUGUUCUGUGGCUUUGUGCUCUAUGACACUCAGCUAAUUGUGCAUAAGCACAAACAAGGAGACAAGGACUUCUUGUGGUAAGCAUAUUUCCACUUCAAAAUAUGCUGCAUUUCCUGGUCCUACUUCUAAUUUAAAGAAUUCACUUAUUUGAUGGACAACUUUUGAAUUCAACUUGUUCUUUUAUCCAGGCACUCCAUUGACUUGUUUUUGGACUUCAUAGAAAUCUUCCGUAGGAUCAUGAUAAUCCUUGCUCAAAAGGAGGUAAGCUGGUUUGUUUAUUUAUGGCAUGUGAUGGAAAUGCUUGAGUCUUGAGCAGUAGUGUAUAUUAGACAAUAACCUUGGCCACUGAAAAUGUUUAUUACUGCUAUUAUGUAUAGUUGAUUUAGUAUUCCUAUGAAGCCUUGUGGAUUUUUCCCUUUAUAGCUGGGAUAUUAUUGAUAGAGUUUCAUAUGGAUUAGGGGUGUGAGGUAGAUACUCCAACCUUUUCUCAAACCCAUGCCUCUGAUUUUUUUCCUCUAUUUUGAGGAAAAGGAACAUUUUUGUGUAAGCUACCCCUUAAUGUAUCUUUUGUGAAACACCAUUUUGAUAACUAUCUCAUGAUGACAAGUUUGGAAAGCUGACAUGCUUUAUCAACCUCUUUCUUGAGGGUUACCAUGGGACCCUUUUAAAACUGUAAGAGUUUAGUUUUGAGGUAAUUGAGUAUACUUCAACCGUAAUUGAUGGUCCCAUGUUCCCAUUUUACAGGAUUCAAAGAAGAAGAGGAACUGAGGAAUCAAUUUUAAAUUUUUGAGAGUGUUAAGCUUUUCAGUACUUUCUUCAGGCUAAUAGACUAGAUGUACAAGAAGUUUAUAUUGCAGCAAUAUAAAGCUGCAGAUUUCAGUUGUAAUGUUAGUAAGCUUUCUGGAUUCUAAAUGUUAACUGAAGUCUGUUGUCAUGUUAAUCAAGUAAUGUUAUAACCGUUAAGAUACUAUGGGCAGCAGCAGUAUUAGUAAAAUAACUUAAGGAUUACAAAGUAAGCCCCUUAUUCACUCAACAGAAAUAAUGUACAGUGACGUGUUUGAAAAAAAUGCAACUGUGGUAUUCAGGCCUGUAGAAAACUUCUAUUCUUUACUGGUUUUUUUUUUCAUGUCUUAUUUCAGGAUACGUAACGUAGCACUUAAUGAGUAUGUCACAGUAAAUGUAGGGUACAGAUUUUUAAUGUUAUGCUGUAAACAUGGAGUGAUUUUUCAUUGAUUAUCUAAAAAGCACAAUCAGUGGCCAUUUGAAAUAAAGUAAUACACCUAGCCAAUCAUUGGUGACCCAACAUUGCUUGGUUUUUAUUUGUGUGUAAUUGGUUGAUUGAUAAGAUUGUACAAGUUUCAUAAAUCAUCAGUCAACAUGCAUAUACUGAGUCCAGCUAUGAAUAAUAAGUCGCUCUUACGCAACAAGGUUCGAUUUUUUUUUUAAGAUGGGAAAGUUGCAAGGUAAUAAUGAAGACCUAAAACAAGUCUUAAAGGAACUGAAUUAAAAAGAUAUGGAGAUUGGUAUUCGGUCUAUUCGCCACCACAAAAAACUCGCCACCACUAAGAAUCAAAUCGCCACCGGUGGCGAUUUGACUUAAACUUUUUGUGUAGCUUCUCGUAUGAACCUUGCAUUAAUUAAAUGAAGGCUAAGAUGUAGUAGUAUAUUGCGAAAAGGGGAAAGGACCCAGAAGUUAUGUGUAGCCUCUCAAUUAUGCACGUUAACCGUUAACCGUUAAAUCUAAUAAAACGCAUAUCUUUUAAAAGGUUGGAUCUCAAAGGUUAACUAAGUUUUGGUUUUAAAGAUGCGAAACGAACACAGUGUAUUAGAAUAGUAAAUAGCAUGUUAGCAAUGUUUCCUCUGAUUGCCGCAUUCGUUAAAUAAUUAAUUUAUCCGUAGAUUUGGAUCCGUCUUGGGUAAUAAAGGGGCA